CGUACCUAACGUAUUGAUUUCAAACUGCUGAUCGGAAAUCAGUACGUACCCUCACGCUGAUGGAGAUACAGAACGUAUGGCGAACGAUAAACAGACUCAAAAUCAGUCGAGCAACAGUGUUUUGACUAUUACCGUUGCCACGGAAUGCUCUUCAUCCGGAGAGGUCGUAAAGUAAACAGAGGCGGCAAGCAGCAAAAAGAAGGAAGAAAACUGUAACUACAAGAAAUUAGCGAUAGCCGUGUUAAAACGGCCAGCUUUUACACGAACGGUUUGCUUCACUCGACAGAAUAAAAGGGGAAGACACCAUGGAGAUGCUGUGUUUCCGCUUGCCCGGCCACGGCGACAUGACUCUCAAACACAUGAAUUCUUUGAGAUCUCGCCAGCACUUUUGUGACGUCACCAUUUUGACCAGCAACAACCAAACGUUCAGAGGCCAUAAGGUUGUGCUGGCUGCUUGUUCCCCCUUUUUGAGAGACCAGUUCCUUCUCAGCCCCUCUUCUAAGCUUCAGGUGUCAAUGCUGCACAGCUCCUCAGUCAUGUGUGAUCUUCUACAGUCCUGCUACACUGGCGUUAUACAGUUCAAACCAGAGGAGAUAGUGAACUACUUGACUGCUGCAAGCUAUCUACAGAUGGAGUAUAUUGUAGAGCGCUGCCGGGACGCGCUAAAACAGUACAUGGAGCUUAAGAACCCUAAUCCACUGAAGAUAACGACAGAGGAGCGAGCGCCUCAGCCUGUGAUUGUGAGUGGCAGCAUUCAUUCCAUGGCGUCAUCCCCAGGCGGACGACCUUCUCCCAUGCGCAGCCCUGAAGUACACUUGGUGGAACAAGACAGCAGUCGGCACAAUGAUGGCAGUCCUUUGGCAGAAAAAACAUGCGUGAAGGAUGAUGCGGCAGACCAGGGACGAGACCCGGUGUUCCAAGUUUACAUCUCAGACGAAGAACACGGCAAGUUCAAGGUGGAGGAGGCGGAAGCUCCCGCCGAUGACGUUAAAAAUGCCCGUUCCCCUGCAACAGAGGGGGCGGUGGGAGGAGAACGCAUUGAAUACGACUUGAAUCCCAUCGUCGAAGGUCCCGGCGCGGACCUUUUCUCAAGGGAAGGACCGCGCGCCUUGAGAAACAGGUUAUCUGAACCCGGCCGAGGCCGAGGGAGAGCGAUAACGAGAGGUUUUAAGAGGAGACGGUGGGUGUCAUCCCAGGAGAAAAAAUCUCCACGAUCGGCCUCGCAGGAUUUGUGGUAUCUCGCAGGGACGGCGGGGAACUCCGGGACGGACGUAACCGAAGGGCUUAAGACGGGAAGUUUUUUUCCGAUCGACCUCCCGAGACUGGAUUUAAGUUUAGACGACUCUCAGCCGGAUAGGUCUUUGCCACUAGCCGGCAAUAGCGCGUCGCAUUUUGCCGUGGACGAGUCGGGCAAUACCGAGGGGAGCUGCGGGUUGAACGCCGGUACGAGCGAGGGAGCGGGAGACGAGUCCGUGGCCGUGGUGGGCUCCACGUCCAGCGUCACCGGACCGGUUAUCUGCGAGCACUGCGGCGUGACGUGCCCCUCUACUCACGCCCUGGCCUUGCACUACUGCUCCGCUCACCAGGUGUACUCUUGCCCCUUCUGCGACAAGCAGUUCCACCACUCGUACAACCUGAAUCGACACAUGGCCUUGCACCGCGGCAACGGAAAACCUCACCAGUGCCCGCUUUGCUCCAAGGGUUUCACGCAGAGGUCCACGCUCAUCGACCACAUGAACCUGCACAGCGGCGAGCGCCCGCACCGCUGCGCAUACUGCCACGCCCGCUUCGCCCACAAGCCCGCUUUACGGCGCCACCUGAAGGAGCAACACGGCAAAACCACAGUGCAGAAUUCCAUCUACGAACAGGAGGAGCAAGAGCGAUCGCUCAGGAGGAUACGAGAAGAAGCGCAGGAAUGUCCGGUGACUGAGCAAACAUGAAAACCAAAGAAUUUAAGGUUAAACUAGUCAUAUUAAUUAAUAAUGUCAAUGUUGUUUUUUUUAGCUGUGAGGCCUUUGAAAUCUCUGUUCAGUUUUAAGAACUGAUUUUAUUAUUUUGUGUAUGUGUUGUCAGGAUGUUUUUGAACAAGAGUUGAGCGGUUUUAUGCUUUUAAGAAAAAUACAGUAGUUUUAAUGUGUGUAAAUACUGUGGAAUGGAAUUGUUGAGGACUGUUUACAUCAGUUGUACACUGCCUUUUUUAGGGCCUUCAUGUCAAGAGUUAAGCUUGUGAUCGCUUUAAUCUCAAAAGGCCUCUAGUAAUUCAUGUCCAAAUCAAAUAAAUUGGGUACAGUUGUCCGAUCAUGACUUUUUUUUAACCGAUAUCCCGAUAUUGUCCAGCUCCGAAAAUCUAGUACCGAUAUAAAACCUAUUCCGCUAAUUGUAUUUUUUGAUGUCCCACUGAAUGCUUUAAUAAUGAUAAAUGUAACAACUUCAAGGUUUUCCAACUGAACAUUCUAUGAAAAAUAAAAACUUACUGAAAUUGUAGAAAAUA